CCAAGCAGAGGUUGCUCUGCUCCAAAAUGUGGAACCAAGAUCUGCUGUGCCUCUCCUUCUCUAAAACCCUGAACCCCCUGAUAUCUCCCCUGCACCUCCCCUGCCCCAACCCCAUCACCUCCAAGAAGACCUUGUUUCUCAAGCCGGAGCCCCGGUUGCAGAGACCCCUCUGCCUCUCCUCGCCCCGGUUCUCUCGCCGGAGCGACUCCCCGCCGCGCCGCCACCGCCGCAGCCGCGAUGCCCGGGCGUUCGCCGGCAGGAGCAAGAAGAAGGGCGGGGGCCCGUCGCCGGGCCGCAUCGAGGGCGGCGCCGAGGUGCGGCGCCAGGCGAAGUGGAACGCCCGGAGGAAGAGCCGGAAGCUCGCCGAGUCCCUCUUCUACCGCCUCAAGAAGCCCAGCAAGAACCACGCCGACAACUUCUCCGAGGAGGAGCUGGAGGCGAUUGGGCUGGGGUACGAUAGGAUGGUCAGGUUCAUGGAGAAGGAUGACCCGAAUCUGCGGCACCCUUACGAUUGGUACAAGUACGGCGAGUUCGGGCCGUAUUCUUGGAGAGGGGUGGUGGUGGGCGAUCCGAUUCGGGGCAGGUUCUCGGACGAGCAAGUGACCUUGAUUAGCGAGGUCCGAGAUCAUGAGGAGUGGGAGAAGAUUGAGCAGUUCGACAUGGCGGCGGAUUUCGGGAAGCGGUUGAAGGAAAUGGAUAAGAGCGUGGGGUUUAGGUACUUUUGGGUGUUCGUUAGACACCCGAAGUGGAGGGUUAGGGAAGCGCCAUGGCAACAGUGGACUUUGGUGGCCGAGGUGGUGUUGGAAGCUGGGAAGCAGAGAUUGGAUAAGUGGAACUUGAUGGGUAGGCUCGGGAAUAAGGCUCGGAAGUUGAUUACCCAGUGUGCGGCAUGGAUGAGGCCUGACAUUAUCUAUGUUAAGAAACCAGUGUAUCAAUGUAGGUUUGAGCCUCAGGACGAUUUCUUCCGGUUGCUGACGCCUUUCCUCGAUCCCAGGACAGAGAAGGACUUUCUUUUCGAGGUGAAAAAUGACGAUGGGACGGUCCAAUUGUGUACUUAUUUCAAUGGCUUGUGCAAGAUUCUCAGGGCGAAUCCCAAGGCCUUUGUAGAUGAUGUGAUUAAGGCUUAUGAGAAGUCGAGCGAUGAGAAGAAAAAUGAGUGUUUGGAGUUUUUGCUGACAAAUCAUCCUGCUGAGUUGUUGCAUCCGUAUACAAAGGAGUGGAAAGCUAAGUUGGAGGAGAUGGAAUUGGGUUGUGAUGCUCCUGACGAUGAAGAUGAUUGGAGUGGUAGUAGAAGUGAUAAUGAGAUUGUAGAUUGGAUAGAGGAUGAUGAUGAUGAUGAUGCUGAGGAGGAGGAGGAGGAGGAGGAGGGUGAUCAAGAUGAUACAGUCAUGGAGUUGGAAGAUGGUGGAGAUGAUGAAUCGGGUAUAGAAGAUGACAACACCGAUGAAGAAGAGGGGGAGAAGUAUUGGCAAGAGGAAUUUAAUAAAGCAGCAAACAACUCUGAACGAAUGGAAAUGUUAGCAAAGCGGAGUGUUGAAGUAACAACGGAGCACUAUAAGAAGCAAUUGAAGGAAAUGAAAGAUGGAGAUGAAACUGCAAUGAGGGGCGCAAAGGAAAUGAAAGAUGGAGAUGAAACCGCAAUGAGGGGCGCAAAACCAAAAGUCAGUCCAGAAGAAUGGAAGACCAUUGGAAUUGGCCCAUGGAGGAAGAGAAUUAGGAAGAGCAAGAUUCCUCCAGAACUAUUUCUGCGAGCAGCAGUUAGGCCGUUUACUUAUAGGAAUCUCGUGAAAGAGGUUGUUCUGACUAGGCAUGCCAUUUUAGAUGGUGACAUUGGAACAGAAAAGCCUGAAUAGGUUGUUUGCCAUUGGGAUAAUAGCUUUUAUGCAUUUGCCGCCAGAUAAGGAAUACCUUAUUUGUUAGAUAUAAGGCACUAAGAGAUAUUUUGAGGAAUAUUUCAUAUUGAUUUAAAAUUAGGAUCUGCUCAGUAGCAUGAUGUAGUGUAAUGUUGUUUUGACUCAUAUUUACAUUUUCAUUCUGUUAAGUUUUAUUCUGAAACUGAUUAUAGGUAAAGUUAGCUCUGGGAAUAAUCUCGAUUUUCUUGAACUCAAAAUAUAUUGUUUGGGAGAUUACCUUCUUUUAUAAAUAUAUAUAGAAGAAUUCGACA